GGGACUGGAGAUAUUCUCGAUCUCAUCGUGCCUAUCUCGAUUCAAACCAACUCCCAUCAUGUCGACGUCGGCCUUUUCAAAUCAAUGAGUGAAUAUCUAUCCAUCUAUUCACCUGCAGAGAAUUCUUGGCGACGCGCAAUCCUAGGUGUGACGAGCUUGUUCCGCGAACCAUGAUUCGAACAGAGAAUGAUUCUGAUGCCGCCGGUACUCGUGCUGGUGCUGGUGCUGGGUGAGCUUUGCAUGUUGCCUACAUGUCGCCUAGUUCUUGACCGCCUCUGCCCUUGCAAUUCUGUCAUUCGCGCGCACGCGAUUUCGCUCGUUGCCACCUCAUCCACCUUUUCAUCCCUCCAGUCCCCUUCGCUCCCUCCGCCGGCCCUCUCAACUCUGCCGCCUUUUAUAACCCGACAUGCAGAAAGAUCUGCGUCGGGGAAUACCUGCUGAGCGGCUUUCCCUAAACGGCAAUGCAAAGUCGGAGUUGUCGAUACGUUGAUUA